AUGCAGCUUCAGUUCAAGUCUACGGCCCUCCUGGCCGCCGCUCUGGCCACCGUUGCCUACGCCCAGAACUCCGAAGCCACCGAUGUGGCCAGUGCCACUGACAAUGGCGAGCCCAACUUCAGCUUGCCCUACUUCACCGACUCUGCUACUCCCCCCAGCGGCGGCGGCGUUACCCUGACCGAAGUCUCCGCUCCUCCCUCUGAAACGGCCACCGAGACUGCCACCGAGACUGCCACCCAGUCCGGCGAGACUGCCAGCGUAACUGCCACCGAGACCUCCGUGGCCACCGGCUCGACGGCCGUCAGCACCUCGACCGACGUUGUCUCAACCUCGACCGCCGUCUCGGGUUCACAGACUGGCAGCAGCUCCGCUUCCGGCACGGCCAGCGAGUCUGGCAGCGCGUCGGCCACCAAUUCCAACUCGUCCGCCUCUUCUACCGAAUCUCCCUCGUCCACCAGCAGCGACGACUCUGCCUCGGGCACUCCCUCGAGCUCUGAAUCGGCCUCUGCCUCUCCUUCUGAGACCGACUCGGGCGCAGCUGGUUUCGCCGACAAGAACUGGGCUCCUUGGAUGCUCGCCUGGGUUGCUGGUGUUGGUUUGGCGCUGUAA